AUGUCAACAUCAGAGAACACAACAACUGCUAUCGUUCAUGAAGCUAUAAAUGAAGAAUACGAGUACAUACAGUAUAACAAACAGUUACGUCUCAUUCGUUCAGUCAAAGACGAUAUGUACCAAAUGCAAAGUAUUUUGACAGCAUGUUUUGCUCCAGACACUAAACACGCAGACGACUGGUUCAAAAACCAAAGCACACAAGAACUUUUGAGUGAAAUUUCUCUAGACCGACUUUUUCCGGCCAUGCAUAAAACACAUGAAAAUCGUAAAAAUUUGCCAAUAAAUUUAAGAGGAUAUUAUGUACAUAGACUUCUUGUAAAUGCUGUUGCAAUGUGGGCUUCGCCUCGUUAUGCAUGGCAUGUUUACAGACUUCUUGACGAAAUUCAUAGACAAGAACGUGAAGAGAUGGAAAAGAAACUUCAAGCAAAAGAUGAAGUCAUUGAAGCAAAAGACAAAAACAUUCAGAAAAGAAUACCACGUUCGGUACCAAAAGGAAAGGAAAAGAACUAUAAGUAUAUGAUUUAUACUGAAGAGAUGGAAAAUGAAGAAGAUAAAGAUAUGGUUAUGUUGCAUUUAGUCAGAAGAAACAACAAAAGCUUUUACGACCUUGCUAAGAUUUACAAAUCUGACAGAAAUUGGUUCUAUCGCGAAAACUUACCGAUUUCAAUGACACCGAAUGAAGAUGUGAAACAAAUAGUUCAAGAUACGUUACCUCAAACACACUAUGAUAUGAAAGGUUGUACAAUACUUACCUUCAAAGAAGACUUACCGCUACUGAAAGAAAAAAUAACAGAGUAUUUUGACAACUUCAAACAAGCAGAGUAA